AAAGGUCAGUGUGGCUGAAGAAUUAGCAGGGGAAGAGGAAAAUGCUGAGCGAUAUACGAAGAACAGACCAGAUGAAUAGGGCUUUGAAUAUUUGAAUAUUGGCCAGGUUAAUUAGUUUGGAGUUUAUUCUAGGGCUGAUUGGCAGUCAUUAAAGACUUUUAACUGGGAGGGACAUGAUCAGAUUUACAUUUUUUAAAGGCCACCCUAUUUAAGGAGCGUAGAAUGUAGGAAAGUAGGAGUGGAAGCAGGGCGUCCAGUUAGGAGGCUGCUGUUGUGGCAUGGCAGGGUUUGGGUUAGGGUGCUAGUCGUAGCAAUAGGUAAAGGGGGGACCAUGUGGCAUUAUUUUAGUGUUGUAGUUUAGAGAAUUUACCUUAGAUUGGGGAUGGGAAUGAGGAAUCAAGGGUAAUUCUGGACUUUGAGAAACACUGUGUUCUUAUAGACUUUGGGAAGAGUUAUUAGGUUCUGAUGAUCUGAUGUUUGACUUGGGUUCCUUAGGGAAAUAUUUGCUAUGAGACUUUGGCAAAAGCAGACAUGUGUCAGUUUAAAUUCCACAUCUAUGUAUUUGGUAAGCGGAGGCCUAAAUAACACUGUUAAUAUUUGGGAUUUAAAAUCAAAAAGAGUUCAUCGAUCUUUGAAGGACCAUCAAAAUGAAGUAACUUGUGUAACAUAUAAUUGGAAUGACUGCUACAUUGCUUCUGGAUCUCUGAGUGGUGAAAUUAUUCUGCACAGUGUUACAACUAAUUUAUCUAGUACUCCUUUUGGCCAAGGUAGUAACCAGUCCGUUCGUCACUUGAAGUACUCCUUAUUUAAGAAAUCACUACUGGGCAGUGUUUCGGAUAACGGAAUAGUAACUCUCUGGGAUGUGAAUAGUCAGAGCCCAUACCAUAACUUUGACAAUACACAUAAAGCUCCAGCUUCAGGCAUCUGUUUUUCUCCUGUCAAUGAGUUGCUGUUUGUAACUAUAGGCUUGGAUAAAAGAAUCAUUCUCUAUGACACUUCAAGUAAGAAACUAGUGAAAACUUUAGUGGCUGACACUCCUCUAACUGCAGUAGAUUUCAUGCCUGAUGGAGCCACUUUGGCUGUUGGAUCUUCCCGUGGGAAAAUAUAUCAAUAUGAUUUAAGGAUGUUGAAAUCACCAGUUAAAACCAUCAGUGCUCACAAGACAUCUGUGCAAUGUAUAGCAUUUCAGUACUCCACGGCCCUCUCUAAGUCAAAUUUAAAUAAAGGCUCUUCAAAUAAGCCCACAGCUGUGAACAAACGAACUGUUAACGUGAGUGCUGCUAGUGGGGGAGUUCAGAAUUCUGGAAAUGUGAGAGAAGCAGCCACCACUUCCAUUGCCACAGUUGUACCACAGCCCGUGACAGCAGCUGUGGGGAAAGGAAUAGUUGCUGUUCAAGACAAAGCAGGUUUGCCUCGAAGCAUAAACACAGAUGUUUUAUCUAAAGAAACAGACAGUGGAAAAAAACAGGAUUUCUUCAGCUUUGAUGAUACUGGAAAGAGUAGUUUAGGUGACAUGUUCUCACCUAUCAGAGAUGAUGCUGUAGUUAACAAGGGAGGCGAUGAGUCCAUAGGCAAAGGAAAUGGCCUUGACUUUCUACCACAAUUGAACUCAGUGUUGCCUCCAAGAAAAAAUCCAGUAGCUUCAAGCACUUCAGUAUUACAUUCUAGUCCUCUUAAUGUCUUCAUGGGAUCUCCAGGGAAGGAAGAAAAUCAAAAUCAUGAUCUGACAGCUGAAUCUAAGAAAAUGUAUCUGGGAAAACAGGAACCUAAAGACUCUUUCAAGCAGUUUGCAAAGUUGAUAUCCGGUGCUGAAACUGGAAAUCUAAGUACCUCUUCAUCAUCUAACCAAACAAGAAGUCCUGAGAAGUUUGAAAAGCCAGAGAAAGAACCUGAAGCCCAGUUACUGUAUGAACCCCCAGUCAAUGGAUCCUCAACUCCAAAUCCAAAGAUAGCAUCCUGUGUCACUGCUGAAGUUGCUAGUUCACUAUCAGAAAAAAUAGUUGAUACCAUCGGAAAUAAUCGGCCAAAUGCACCAUUGACAUCUGUUCAAAUCCAUUUUAUUCAGAACAUGAUACAGGAAACAUUGGAUGACUUUAGAGAAGCAUGCCAUAGGGACAUUGUGAACUUGCAAGUGGAGAUGAUUAAACAGUUUCAUAUGCAGUUGAAUGAAAUGCACUCUCUGCUGGAAAGGUAUUCAGUGAAUGAAGGUUUAGUGGCUGAAAUUGAAAGACUACGAGAAGAAAACAAAAGACUACGGGCCCACUUUUGAAAUUUCAGUGAAUACCUUAAUGUUUGUAAUUUGGGAAGCCUUUGGCAACACAGAACUACAUGCAAUCAGUAUUGUUUUCAUGGUCUCUGGGGAAAUUUUUUUUUUCCAAGUAAGGGUGACUGGAUUUUACACCAACCACUAUUUCAUUUUCUCUGUCAAAAAUAUUUAUAUUUUUAUAUUAAAAACUGUACAUGUCAUCUGCCUAAUAGGAAAGUCAACAGGAUCUUUAUUUUCUGAAAGCUCUAGCUAUACACUAAGUAUAUUUUCAUAAAAAAGUUGUGCAAAAAAAGGUUAUGUGUUUUUUAUCACCUUUUUUUAACAAUGUAUUUGACAAUGGCCUUCCAAAAUUUUUUGGAUUUUUGAGGAUUAAAGAGUUUGAUAUGACUUCUAUUUUUAUGGAAAGUAAUUUUAAAAUGGCAGUUGUUGUUCUAAGUAAUUAAUUAAUAAAACAAGGUUGGUUAGUAAUUAUUUUGUUAACUUGAUGAAGUUAAGUAUUGUACAUUUGAUAAGAAAAUAUUUGAAGUUUUGAAUUGCAUGGAUUACAUUAUAUCUAUUGCAUUUAUGUUACUGUAUGUUCUUCUGACAAAUCUCUACUGGUUGGUAUUCUUUUAGCUAACUUCACUUUACCUAUGAAAGCUUUUAAGGGUUUAUAAACAAGACUCAACCAGAACUGCAUAUCUGCUGAUUAUCCCAUGAAUUAAUAAUGUGCAAAAGUAUACUGUCAAAUUUCAGUCAACAUGAUUCAACUUAAAAUCAUUGAAAAGUUCAUAUUAGAUACUAAAUAUUACAUUAUUAGUCCAUUUUUUCCUCCCAAAUAAGUGUGGAUUUAUUUAGUUUUGUGGUUUAUAUCAUUAACUUUCUAAUUCUUUGUGUACUGUGUAUAUUUUUAUAUAUUAUUGACCUUAUCGUAAAACUUAGAAAGAUUGUCAAAGGAAUUUACACCUCUUUGUCAGUAGUGGAGAUGCACAUCUGCCUGCUGUGACCUUCGGUUUUAGUGGUAUAAGAUUAGGAGGGUUACUGGCUUGUUUACCUUCUUGUAGUAUCUGUCCCAAAGAUUUAAACUAUGUACCUUGUAUAUAGUACUCCUGCCCAAUUUGACUUCUGAGAUGAAAAUAUUUACUAAAAUAAAUAUAUAGCUAGCUUACUAACUUUAUGUUUUCCAAAGUGAUUGAAAUAUUUAAGGAUAUUACUAAUGGGUAUAACAUACCAGUAAUUACUUAAAGAAAUAAAAACAAAGAUUACUUUUUCCCAGUGUGGUUAUGAGAAUACCUUUGUACUGAAGCAUAAGGGGGUGUUAAUGUGAUUUUUUUCCUGAUUAUUAAAGCAUUAUGACUUGUAACAAGUUCCUUGCAUAUCAUUAUCAAACAGGUUUAAAAAAUAUUAAAG